GUCAACCGCCAUUAAGAAAAGAGGAAGAAAUACGAGCAGCAUACUUCCGGUUAUGCAGUAUGGCAGCAAACUCGGCUGUUUUCAGUCGGCGUUUCCUCGCGGCGUUAAGGACACACACUUGGAGAACUAAUGAGUUAGCAGGCAGCCGGCGGGUCUCUACGGUACUGAUAUCCAACCACGGGGGCUCUGGCGACCACACACAACUGGACCGCAGGGCUCCGACCUGGGACAGGGAAGGACAAGGCGACCGCAGCCAAUCCAGUCUGCUUCGGUCAUUGUCCUUGGGCUUGGGACUGUGCACUUUUGUUGCGCUUUUGGAUCGUCGAGAGGACGGCAGACCUGUAACUGAGCCCAAAUCACACGGCAUACUUGAACGCAUCCUGCCGUCAGCUCAGUGCGCUUCACCUUUUAAACCCGACACCCCUCGGCAUAAAUACAACUUCAUAGCAGAUGUCGUGGAAAAGUCCACGCCGGCUGUCGUCUACAUCGAAAUUGUGGGAAGACACCCAUUUUCCCGGAGGGAAGAGGCAUUGUCCAAUGGCUCUGGUUUUAUUAUAAGCAGUGAUGGCCUUAUCGUGACCAAUGCUCACGUGGUGGCCAACAAGCGAGGUGUUCGUGUCAAGCUCACUAAUGGAGAUAUGUACCACGCCACCGUGCAAGAUGUCGAUCCGGUAGCGGACAUCGCCACCAUCAAAAUCUCUGCAAAGAAUCCCCUACCCACACUCGCACUUGGCCGUUCAUCUGAUGUCCGCCAAGGAGAGUUUGUGGUGGCCAUGGGAAGCCCGUUUGCGUUACGGAACACGAUCACAUCAGGGAUCAUCAGCUCAGUGCAGAGGGGCAGUAAGGAGCUUGGCCUGUCGAACUCGAACAUGGAGUACAUCCAAACCGAUGCGGCAAUCGACUUUGGCAAUUCCGGAGGUCCUCUCAUCAACCUGGAUGGUGAGGUCAUUGGAAUAAACACUAUGAAAGUCACUCCGGGCAUCUCCUUUGCUAUCCCGUCCGAUCGUCUGAGACUAUUCCUUGAUCAAGCUGCCAAAAGAAAAAGUUCCUGGUUUGGCGAGUCCGAGACAAAGCGGCGGUACAUUGGCGUCGUCAUGCUAACACUGACGCCGAGCAUCAUUGCUGAGCUGAAGCUGAAAGAUGCAUCUUUCCCAGAAGUGACACAUGGAAUUCUGAUCCUCGGAGUGAUCAGGGGCUCUCCCGCAAACAGAUCCGGACUGCUGCCGGGAGAUGUUGUGCUGGAGAUCAAUCGAGUGAAGGUGAACACCUCAGAGGAGAUCUACACUGCCGUGCGUGGUAGUGAUAAAAUCACCGUGGUGGUGCAACGAGGAGAACAGCAGCUUCAACUGCAAAUGACUCCUGAAUACACAGAGUGAAAAGCAGCCACACCACAUCUCACGUUUUGCUCACAUGCCAAGCAAAUAAAUUAUGUACAUGGAUAUAACUGUGAAACCUGUUAGUUGCCAUAGCUGCCUGGAAAUAAAGGGCACAUGGUAUGUAAAAUUGACUUUUGAAUCACCGUUAUAUUUUUGUUCUGUUUUAUAGCUGUAUCUCUAGAGUGCCUGCUCACCUAUCGAGUUUGAAAUUGUACGUCAAAUCUUGUGAGCUGACCUUUUUUGAAAAUGUGUGCGCGCGCACGUGUCGGGGGCGGGAGGGGCGAUGCAGUGUACUGUAUCUCCUUUUAAAUGUUUUCACAUUUUAUGGAGUCAGCAUUUGAUUUGAUAAACAUUCAUCUAUUUCUCAUUCAACGCCUUCUGACGGUGUAAAUUCAUGACACAUGAAGUAAUAAUUGUAAGACAGCCAUUUAAUGUUAGUAACAAGAAGCAUGGUAUAAUUGAUUAUUUGUUCAAUUACACAGACUACAAUUAACUGAGCGAUGUUGGACAAAUUACAAAUGGUGCUAUGAUCACAUAAGUAAAAUGCAGCCUGUUCAGAUCCCUCUUAUUUGUGUUUUGAGUGUAACCCAUCUUUA